CCAAGAUGGCGGGCGACGAGCCGGGAGUGACUCUGGGACAACCCCAUUUAUCCAGACAGGACUUGGCCACAUUGAAUGUUUCUAAGCUGACACCGCUCUCGCCAGAAAUCAUCAGCCGGCAAGCCACAAUUAACAUAGGCACCAUAGGUCACGUAGCCCAUGGAAAAUCAACUGUAGUUAAAGCUAUUUCUGGGGUUCACACUGUCCGAUUUAAAAAUGAGCUGGAGAGAAAUAUUACCAUCAAGCUGGGAUAUGCCAAUGCCAAGAUUUACCAACUUGAUGAUCCUAGCUGUUCUCGGCCUGAAUGCUAUCGAUCGUGUGGGAGCAGCACUCCAGAUGAGUUUCCAACUGAUAUCCCUAACACCAAGGGCAACUUUAAAUUGGUCAGACAUGUUUCUUUUGUGGAUUGCCCAGGCCACGAUAUUUUGAUGGCUACUAUGUUAAACGGUGCCGCUGUUAUGGAUGCAGCUUUAUUGUUAAUAGCUGGUAAUGAGUCUUGUCCACAGCCUCAGACAUCAGAACACCUGGCUGCUAUAGAAAUCAUGAAAUUAAAACACAUACUAAUUUUACAAAACAAGAUUGAUUUGGUCAAAGAAAGUCAAGCAAAAGAACAGUAUGAGCAGAUCCUUGCAUUUGUACAAGGUACAGUUGCAGAAGGAGCACCUAUCAUUCCAAUCUCUGCUCAGCUAAAGUACAAUAUUGAAGUAGUUUGCGAAUACAUAGUAAAGAAAAUCCCUGUGCCCCUACGAGACUUCAUCUCUGAGCCCAGGCUCAUUGUUAUUAGAUCUUUUGAUGUCAACAAGCCAGGAUGUGAAGUUGAUGACCUUAAAGGUGGUGUGGCUGGGGGCAGUAUUCUUAAAGGUGUAUUAAAGGUGGGGCAAGAAAUUGAAGUGCGGCCUGGUAUUGUCUCAAAAGACAGUGAAGGGAAACUCAUGUGCAAGCCAAUAUUUUCCAAAAUUGUGUCUUUGUUUGCAGAACACAAUGAUCUACAAUAUGCAGCUCCUGGGGGCCUUAUUGGUGUUGGUACCAAGAUUGAUCCAACAUUGUGCCGUGCUGAUCGUAUGGUGGGUCAGGUUUUAGGAGCAGUGGGUGCUCUGCCUGAAAUCUUCACAGAGCUGGAAAUCUCCUACUUCCUUCUGCGACGACUUCUUGGUGUGCGCAUUGAAGGGGAUAAGAAGGCUGCAAAGGUACAAAAGCUGUCCAAGAAUGAGGUUCUGAUGGUCAACAUUGGCUCUUUGUCCACUGGCGGUCGUGUUAGUGCAGUCAAAGCUGAUUUAGGGAAAAUUGUCCUGACAAACCCAGUGUGCACAGAAGUAGGAGAGAAAAUUGCCCUUAGCCGAAGAGUGGAAAAGCACUGGCGUUUGAUUGGAUGGGGCCAGAUUAGACGAGGUGUGACAAUCAAGCCAACAGUAGAUGAUGACUAGCCGUCAAGCAGACACCAGCAUUAUGAAAUGUUUUUAGAAGAAACAUGCCCUUUACUUAUUCAGGAAUUGGAUUUACUAAAUCACUGCAGCCAGACAUUUACAUUUACGAUCCCAUUUUCUAAUUUAUAGUGGAGUUGUUCUCAGUCUGGGAAUUGCUCUUCGCUUUCUACAAAUGCCUUUUGGCAUGUAACUCCUCAAAUUGUAUGCUUUUGUUACAGAGUAACAUUUUCCCUGAAGUGCCCAUUGGCUUCAGGACUUCACCCAUAAAUAAAUGUCAAUAAAAUAAACUAUAAAAGACCAAACCAUUCUGUAUGACUUCUUUUGUAAAUCAAGUUUGGGCUUAAGUACAUACAUGUAAGCAGGUAAAGUGAUGGCACGGAGACCCCAACUUCUCUAGGCUAAAUACCAGAAGCGCUGUGUUGCUGCCAAAACCUCUGUGGAACGACACUGGAAAAAGCUGAUUUAAUCUGUUUUCUGCCAAAAUAAAUGGACCCAGCCAUAGAUGCAAAAAAUACCUUUGUUCAUAAUAUGCAACUAAAAGAGCUAACCGUGUUGCUCAGAUACUAUUCAAGGGUCAUGUGCAUUUUAUCAGUCAGAAACUACUGAAAUCCAGGUUUAGUGUGAAAGCUGGCUGAAACCCCAGUACUUUUUUGGAAAACCAAAUCUGUACCUUUAAGUAAUUUUUAUAUUUGUGUAACAUGAGGGUCUGGCCCAACGUCUUCAAUUGCUAUUGCAUAGAAUGCAAACAGGUUUUUUUUGUUUUUAAAUGAAUACUAUAUCCCCAAACAAUAUAGGUCUCUCUAGAAUAUAUUGCAUAAACAAGCUCAUAUGUAAAACCCUGCUUCAUCUAAAUAAACCAUUUUCAUAAAAAUA